AUGGCAAAACUGGACGAAGAAUACCUUCCUACCAUCAAUCGUCUUCGAUUUCUCUGCGCUGGGUUGUUCACAAUCGACGAAGAAAGUAACAUCAUACGACUGGUCCACUAUACUACCCAAGAGUACUUCGAGCGCAUUGGAGACAAAUGGAAACCAAACGCUCAGUUCCAUAUUGUCUCGACAUGCCUCACCUACCUAUCGUUUGAUGUGUUUAAAACGGGUAGCUGCUCAUCAGAUGAAGAAUUUGAGGAGAGGCUCCAAGAGAACAAGUUCCUGGACUAUGCCACUAAGCACUGGAGCGAGCGUGCUGCAAUGGCUGAAGGCGAAGUGAGUGAGCUAGCUUGUUCGUUUCUUUCAGACAAUGAGUUGGUUUCAAGCGCUAUACAGGCUUUGCUAACCGAUAGGAAUAGAUAUAGGUCGCACCACAGUCAGGCACAUCCAAAGGAGAGCACAGGAUUACAUCUUGCAGCACAAUUGGGAUUAUCACUAGUGUUAGAGGCGAUGCUUCCAGAACAGAAAGAAGAAAGAUCAAACACGCCGAGGAAAAAAGAUGGUGACGACCAAGAUUCAUUGUAUAUUGCGUCAAGCGCUGGACACAAUAGAACAGUGGAGCUGCUGCUCAACAAAGGCGCCGAACCUAAUGCGCGGAAUGGAAGGUACGGCAGGGCAAUCUUAGCGGCUUCAAUGAUAGGCCACGAAGAGAUUGUGGAGAUGCUGCUUGAAAAAGGUGCCGAAAUUAAUGCGCGGGGUGGAGUCUAUGGGGACGCACUUACUGCGGCUCAUGCUGGACGCCACCACACAGUUGAGAAUCUGCUUGUUCAGAAUGGUGCUAAAAUCGUGUUGGAAGGAAAAGGGGAUAACAGAUAUAGUUAUUGGUAUGAUUAUUUUAGCGAAGACACUGAGAAGCCUAAAUGGCUGAAGAUGGGAUCGAAAUGA